AAAACGUUGUAGCUACUGCUACUCAUAAUCGUUAAGCCUGGGAGCUCUACAUAUUCACACUGGGACUGUCUCCGCCUGAUCACUAGCCCGCUCCAGGAAUCUAGCGAGACGAUACCGUCAAGAUGCCGCUUCGACGUUUGGAACUCUGCGACUUCAAGUCGUAUCGAGGUGAACAAGUGAUCGAUUUCGGCACCCAUGAGUUCGCUUGUAUCAUCGGCCCCAAUGGAUCCGGCAAAUCGAACCUGAUGGACGCCAUCUCAUUCGUUCUGGGAGUCAAGUCCGCCCAGCUGAGGAGCACCAUGCUGAAAGACCUCAUCUAUCGAGGCAGGAAAGCGGCGGCUGGACCUGGAGAGGAUGACGAUGGUGAAGCUCCUCCUGCCGGGCCUUCUAAUCCCAAGGGGAAAGGCAAGGGGAAGCGGGCGGCUACGAAAGGCAAGGGCAAAAGAAAAGUCAAGAAGACUACUCUUGGAAAGAGAAAGAAGAGGGACGACGAUUCGGACGCUUCAGAAGAGGAUGAAGAAGAGGACGAGGACGAGGAAGAUGAGGAGGGUACUGAUGAAGAGGACGAGGCCACCGAAAUCGUCACACGAGGGAAGGAUGAUGCCUCUUCAGCAUGGGUGAUGGCAGUGUACGAAGAUCAAGAUGGCAAAGAGUACAAAUACAAGCGAUCAAUCGCCUCGAACGGCCAAUCGACAUACUCUCUGAAUGGUAAAAGCGUGACGUAUCUACUCUACAAUCAGUCGCUGGAGAAACACAACAUCUUGGUCAAGGCCAAGAACUUUUUGGUCUUUCAAGGAGACGUCGAAGCUGUAGCCUCCCAGAGUCCCAAAGAGCUCUCCAAACUGAUUGACCAAAUCAGCGGUUCGCUUGAUCUCGCUGCAGAGUAUGAACGGGCCAAGGUGGCAUCAGAGAAGGCUACCGAGACUUCAACCGUUAAUUAUACCAAGAAGCGGAGUAUCGCCGGAGAAGUGAAACAUUACCGAGAACAGAAGGACGAGAUUGAACGUUGGGAGCAGAUGAAGGAAGAGCACGAAAAUCUUGUGGCCGAAUACAUGUUAUGGAGGUUGUUCCACAUCAACUCCGAGAUCGAGAGCUGCGAAACCAAUAUCGAAGAAGCCGAGGCCAAGUUCAACGACUCGAAGGCUGCUCAGACUGCAGAGGAGAAGAAGGUAAAGAAGGCCAAAGAUGUUCAAGCCAAGGCCAAUCUGGCUGUCAAGAAACAAGAGGCAGUAGUCAAAGCGUCUGAGAAAGCUCUUGACGACAAGAAACCUGGGCUGCUCACUUUGGAGACCCAGAUUGAACAUGCCAACCGAAAGAUCCAGUCAACAGAGAAAUUAAUUGCCAGUGUCGACAAGGACGAAAAGAGGCAGGCUACCACUGUCACCAACCUUAAGCGAGACUUGAAGGAUGCCGAGGAGGCUGCCGAAGCUGCUGCUGAGAGGCAGCGAACUGCGGCGGCGGCGAGAGGAACAGCCUUCACUCCUGCCGAUCUUGAAGAGUACCGGAAGCUCCGCGUCACUGCGAAUGCCAAUGCGACAGAUGAGCGAAAGGAAUUGGAUGCCAAGAAGAGGGAAGCACGUGGCCUGCGUGAUGUGCUCACCACUGGCGAAGAGAAACUGGCAGGCUUGACAGCCAAGAAGGAAAAGUUGACCCAAGAAGCGGCUGUCCUCCAGGAGCGAGUCGACUCGGCCCAAGCGAAUGUUGCAGACCUGGAGACUCAAGUCAACGCCAAGAAGGGCGAAUCGGAUCAGCUUGCAAGCGAGACGCGACGUAUUUCUCAACUCGAAACGGAGAUGAACGAGAAGCUCCACGACACACUCCAGCAACUCCUGCAGUUCCGAGCGACCAAGUCGGAAUCUGAUCGCGCUCUGCGACUCAAAGACAACAUUGCCAAGCUCAAGAAGGUCUUCAGUGGCGUACACGGUCGAGUAUACGACCUCUGCAGACCCUCUGAGCGCCGAUACAAUACCGCUGUGAAAAUCGUUUUGGGUCGCAAUACCGACUCGAUUGUGGUAGACCACCAGCAGACCGCCAUUCGAUGUAUCGAAUACCUGCGACAGAACCGGAGCGGUCAGGCGACUUUCAUCCCGCUAGAUACUAUUCAGGUCAAGCAGGUACAGGAUCGUUUGCGGAGCUUACGCGGAGCGAGGCUCGCUAUAGAUGUCAUUCAGUAUGAUCCGUUGGUUGAGCGAGCCAUGCAACAUGCGUGCGGUAGUGCUUUGGUGUGCGACACUAUGGAAGUAGCACGCGAUAUCUGCUACAACAAGGGCAUCGAGGUCAAAGCGGUCACGAUCGAUGGGACUAUCCUCCACAAGAGUGGUCUCAUUACUGGUGGAGGCGUUGAGCAAGCUGAAGAUCAGCAGUGGGAUGAACGCAAAGUUCGAGAUCUCGAGCAAGCGAGAGACGCGUACCACAAGUCUCUUAGCAACCUCGUCAAGAGCAAGCCCAACAAAGACACUAUGGAUCAGGUCGCGCGGGAUCUUCAGGCAUUGGAGACCGCAUUACGCAUCGCUCGGGAAGACUUGACCGGUGCCAACCACCGUCUGCAAGGGACGAAGGCGGAGCUCAAGCAGACAGAUCAAGAUAUCAAAAAGCAGAGGGCAGAACACAAAAAGGCCGAGAAGAACGUGCAACAGCAUGAACAACAGAUGCAAGCCCUGGAAACCGCUGUCAACGCUGCCGACGAUGAAGUGUUUGGCGAAUUCUGCCAGCGACUCUCCAUCGACAGCGUCAGGGAUUAUGAGACUGUGCAACUCCGCGCAGCCGAAGAGGAAUCUGAAGCGAGAGCUCGUUUCGACGCACAAAUAGCUCGCCUCAACCACCAGAUCAAGUUUGAGGAAUCUCAACUCACAGGGACUCGUGAUAGGCUCACCAAACUGCGAGCUACCAUCGAAAGGGAGACCACCAACAUCUCGGACACUCUCGAGACCGAGUUGGCCGCUCUACGCGAAGAGAUUGAAGAAGCAGAGGAAGGCAUUCGGGAACAGCGAGAAAAGCUGGACACGCUGAAAACAGCUCUAGAAAAUGCAAGUGCGGCUUCGGACGCUGCGAAGAAACAACAGUUGAAGGCGACCAGGGCAUUGGAUGACCUCCAAAAGGAGAUCAACGAAUGGAACGAUGAAAUCCGUAGGCAAUCGUCCGAGCGCUUCUCAAUUUACCGUCGGUGCAAGGUGGAAGAUAUUGAGCUACCGCUGGAAUCUGGUUCGCUCAAGAAUGUGCCUCUCGAAGAGAAUCUACAAGACGACGAGGUGAACGACUAUGAAGUUGUGGUAGAUUUCGAGUCACUCGAGGAUGAUGAUCGUGAGAAUGGAAAUCCGGAACGUGGACACGAUUUCGAACAACGCAUUGCUGCGCUCGCCUCUGACAUCGAAAAGAUGGCCCCGAACCUCAAGGCUAUUGAGAAGCUGACCGACGUGGAGGCAAAGCUGAAAGAUACGGAAAAAGACAAUGAAGAAGCGAAAAAGGAGCAGAAGCGGGCGCGAGACGCGUUUGUUGCGCUGAAGAAGAAACGAUGUGACCUCUUCAAUAAAGCCUUCAACCAUAUUGCAGAGAAGAUCGACACCGUCUACAAAGAGCUGACGACAGGGAACAACGCUCCUUCUGGAGGUGUAGCCUAUCUUUCGUUGGAGGACAGUGAGGAACCUUACCUUAGCGGUAUCAAGUACCACGCCAUGCCUCCUAUGAAACGUUUCAGGGACAUGGAGCAACUGUCUGGGGGAGAGAAGACCAUGGCGGCCUUGGCCUUGCUUUUCGCCAUCCAUACCUACCAACCGUCACCCUUCUUCGUUCUGGACGAGGUGGAUGCUGCCCUUGACAACACCAACGUCGGAAGGAUUGCCGAUUACAUCAGGAAGAACUCGUCACCGACAUUCCAAUUCAUCGUCAUUAGCUUGAAAGGGUCUCUGUACGAACGCUCGCAAGCUCUUGUCGGUAUCUACCGAGAUCAGGAUGUCAACAGCUCUCGAAGUCUCACGUUGGAUCUAGAAAAGUACGAGGAUUAGGUUUACCAUGCACGACAGUAUUUCGUUUCGCUCGAGUCGGAUGUACAAACUAUGCUAGGCCAUAUUGUAAUGCAGUAUUCUGUUUUAUGCGAAAGAGAUCAAGUGGUUCUCGAUUGAAA